UCUGUGGUAAGAGGGAUAACUAAGAAGAGAGGCUCAGUAGCCGAGCAGGCCCGGGAUGCAAUAUGAGACCACUAUACGAAGAUAAUUGCAAAGAUUUCAGGAAGACACCUAAGGAUUACUGAAGGAAACUUCUGAAUCGAAAAGUCUCUCUCUUCAGUUCUACACUUCUAAGCAGAGUGCAUCACAUGGGAAGCCCAGGUUAAAGGGUUGUGAGGCGAGAGUGUUGAACAGCACACACACACACUCACACACACACACACACCCAGAGUAUGCCUCUGAGUCCGCCUGCAGACAGCAAACAUGAGGCUCCCGACCGGCCGCGGCAACAGCACGCCCCUACCAACGGUAACCACGGAGACGACAGCAUUCGGGCCUCUCCCGGAAAAAAAUCCGCCACAGAACCCAUGGAGGAUCUCCACGGAAACGCCGUCAUCAUCCGUAUCGGAAUCCCUGACCUGCAGCAAACUAAAUGCCUGCGGUUGGACCUGGAGGCUCCUGUGUGGGUGUGUAAGCAGAGAGUCCUGGUCACCCUGACUCAGAGCCUGACUGAUGUACUCAACUACGGCCUCUACCUCCCUGCCUUCAACGGGCGAGCCGGAAAAUUCCUGGAUGAAGAGCGACUUCUCAGGGAGUACCCCCUCCCAACUGUAACACCUGUACCAUACCUAGAGUUUCGCUACAAGAGACGAGUUUACACUCAGAGUCAUGUGGAUGACAAACAGUUGGCCAAGCUUCAUACUAAGGCCAACCUUAAGAAGUUUAUGGAGUAUGUUCAGCAGAAGAGUGUGGAUAAAGUGUGCAGGUUCCUUGACAAAGGGCUGGAUCCCAACUUCCAUGAUACAGAGACUGGAGAGUCUCCUCUCACACUGGCGGCCCAGCUUGACUCCAGUGCUGAGCUUAUUAAAGUUCUUAGAAGUGGUGGUGCUCACCUGGACUUCAGAACCAGAGAUGGCAUCACCGCACUCCACAAAGCGGUCCAAACUCAUAACCAUAUAGCACUUACUACGUUAUUAGAUCUGGGUGCAUCUCCGGACUAUAAGGACAGUCGAGGGCUAACUCCUCUGUACCACAGUGCGAUGGUAGGGGGAGAUCCUUACUGCUGUGAGUUACUACUGUAUGACCACGCUCAGCUAGGCUAUAGCGAUGAGAAUGGCUGGCAAGAGAUUCACCAGGCUUGUCGUCAUGGAAACGUACAGCACCUUGAGCACCUAUUAUUCUAUGGCGCAGAGAUGAGUGCUCAGAAUGCCUCAGGAAACACAGCGCUGCACUUGUGUGCUCUAUAUAACCAGGAUGGCUGUGCUAGAGUUUUGUUGUUUCGAGGGGCAAAUAAAGAAAUCAAAAACUACAACAAUCAGACAGCGUUUCAGGUGGCUAUCAUUGCAGGGAACUUUGAUCUGGCAGAAAUUAUCAAGAUUCAUAAAACCUCAGAUGUUGUGCCUUUCAGAGAGAGCCCCUCAUACUCCUCUCGGCGCCGCGGUGUGUGUAUGUCUCCUCGUCGCUCACUAAUGCGCUCAGCCAGCGAUAAUGCCCUAGACGAAAACCUCCCUGCACCAUCGCCAGCCCCUUCCCUCCGGAGCCUCCCCCCUCUGGAGCCAGAUGACAACACCCCGACCCAGCGAAGCCCUCAAGGAGGACACUCACACACACGGAGUCUAAGAAGACACACCCGUGGACACCUCAGCCCUGGUAGUCCAGUACAGAGGGAGCCCAGCCCUCCUGUGUCGACUCGUGGGCCAAAGCGUCGGCUAUACAGUGCAGUACCGGGCAGAACUUUCAUUGCUGUCAGCUCUUACACCCCACAAGGAGAUGGAGAGAUCACACUCAACCGAGGAGAGAGAGUUAAAGUGUUGAGUAUAGGUGAAGGGGGAUUUUGGGAGGGCUCAGUUAAAGGGCGGACUGGCUGGUUUCCUGCUCACUGCGUAGAGGAGGUCCAGAUGAGACAGUAUGACCCACGCCUAGAGACGAGGGAGGAUCGAACCAAGAGACUGUUCAGACACUACACUGUGGGCUCUUAUGACAAUUAUUCUUCCUACAGUGAUUAUAUUAUCGAGGAGAAGACUGCCACUCUACAGAAGAGAGACAGCGAAGGAUUUGGAUUUGUCCUGCGAGGAGCCAAAGCGGAGACGCCCAUUGAAGAGUUCACUCCAACUCCUGCCUUUCCUGCUCUUCAGUACCUGGAGUCAGUGGACUUGGAGGGUGUGGCCUGGAGGGCGGGACUAAGAACUGGGGAUUUUCUUAUUGAGGUGAAUGGUGUGAGUGUGGUGAAAGUGGGACACAGGCAAGUGGUCUCUCUGAUUCGUCAGGGUGGGAGUCGGCUGGUAAUGAAGGUUGUAUCUGUAACACGGAAACCUGACACUGGAGAUGUCGUUCGCAAGAAAGCUCCUCCACCCCCUAAGAGAGACCCCAGCACCAGCCUAACCCUGCGCUCAAAAAGCAUGACUGCUGAGCUAGAGGAACUGGCAUCAAGAAGAAGGAGAGGAGAGAAGUUGGAUGAGAUGUUGAGCUCACCACAGGAACCUGUCGUGGUGAUGAGACCACGCACAUCUGAGGCUGACUCCAGAACAGCCACAGUGAAGCAGAGACCAACGAGUCGUCGCAUCACACAAGCAGAGAUCAGUUCAUUGUUUGAGAGGCAGGGAAUGCCAGUGUCAGCUGGUGUGUCGUUAGGUGUGGACAAAAGUCACAUGCAGCUCCCCAGGGGGAUGUCCAGAACCAAGUCAUUUGGUGCCCCUGAAGAUGAACGAAUUUCUGCUUUGAUUGGAGAGCACCGCUUUCCCCGGAGCUCCUCGAUGACAGACAGCUUCAGACAAGACAGCAUUCCUCCUCCUCCACAAACUGCUCCUCCUCCACCUCCUACACCUUACUUUCUGGAUUCAGGCCCUCCACCAGCCUUCCUUCCUCCUCCACCUCCCACACGCUCAGCCAAUCAGAGCCGAUCGAGUUUCCGACCAGGGGCAGAACCCAAGCUCCAUGGCCCUAUCACAACAGAACGUCAAAGGAAAGCCCGCUCCAUGAUCAUCCUUCAGGACACUGCUCAUCUGCCUGUGGAACCAUCCCCCAUUCCUCGUCCGGCAACACCCACCUCUGGAGCUGUCCCACCUGAGCGAGGGCGCAGACGUGGCCAGCAAGUUGAGAAUCCUUAUGCUAAUGUGGGCCGACUUAGCGCAGGGCUUUACACUCCAACCAAACCACAGCGCAGGAAGAGUCCACUGGUCAAACAGGGACAGGUGGAAGAAGGGAGUGCAACACAGACCAGCAGAGACCCUUCUCCAUUGGGAGGGUCACGAAUCCCCCACAGCAGCCGAGCAGAACAGUUUCAGCAGCAGGUGCUUUCAGAACGGGCGCGGAUCACUCCUCCUGGGGCUCGCCGUCGGCCCAGCGUGUUUCUGUCAGUGGAGGGUGGGGCCACGGAGCCACAGACCACACCUCUUCUCUCCCAGUCCCACUCUGUGGAUGAGCUGGCUGAGCUGCCCCCUCCUGCGCCUAUGUUGUCUCCUGGCCCACCACCAGGGGGCUCCACCUUCAUACACCCGCUCACAGGGCGACCGCUAGACCCUGCCUCCCCACUGGCACUGGCACUGGCCGCACGUGAACGUGCUCUCAGUGGGCGGACUACACCCACACCAACACCCUCCCCUUCACCUACUCAGAGCAGAGGGGUGGAGAGACCAGAGACAGAGGGAGGAGCUACGCCACCUGCACCCCUCGAAGCCCCUGCUUCAGAUACAUGGAGGGAGGAACCUGUCAGUAUCACCACAGAAACAGCAAGUCAGGUGACUAGUGGUAGCCCAGGGUCUGGACGGAGCUUAGAGGAGCAGACAGUGGCACCCACUGUACAGAUUGUCCAGCCAUCUUUGCCAGGCACAGAACACAGCCAACCUAUAGGCCCACCUUCUCCUGCCCCACCUUUAUCAACAUUGGCUGGGCGGAGUUUGACCAUGAGCUCUGAAGAGGAGGCGGAGCCUUACACAGUGACUUUACCCCCUGCACUGCUCUCAUCCAGUGAUGAAGAAACAAGGGAGGAACUUCGUAAGAUCGGCAUCGUCCCACCCCCUCAACCCUUCGCUAAUGGCCUUCUCAUCAAGGACGCUCCCAAAGCUACUCUCACCAUAUCACCACGUCCUUCUGCAGCCACGUCCUCCACCGGGAAAGCGUGUGAUUCGGCUGCUGACUCUGGGGUUGAAGAUCCUCACUUGGAGACCACCAGUACUGUCUCCACAGUGUCUAGUAUGUCCACAUUAUCCUCUGAGAGUGCAGACUCAGCUCAUGCAGGCAAGCCCCGCUGCGGCGUGGGGCGUGGACGCCCUGCACAUCUCAGGGACCCGCUACUGAAACAGUCAUCUGACAGUGAGCUGCUGCCACACCCUCCCAGCACAGGCCCCACCCGCCCACGCUACCUGUUCCAGAGACGCUCCAAACUGUGGGGGGAGGAGCCACGGUCUCAGGGAGGUGUAGCCGACGAAGGAAGACCUGCAGCUAUGGGAGCGGAGUUACUUAGUAAGGACUCUCACUCUCUGGGGGAGGAGCCACCAAUGGGUGCACCACUCGAUCCUGGUCGGCGAUCUCCUGUUGGCGGGGCCAGAUUUGAGGAGGAUGGAGAAAGUAAAUCGCUCUUCAGCAGUCUUGGAGAGCUCCACACCAUCUCUCAGAGAAGCUAUGGCACAACUUUCACCAUCCGACCUGGUACCCGCUACCCAGUGACCCGCCGAACGCCCAGCCCCGGCGCCACUCCGGAGCGGACUGAGCCCUUAGGUCCCGUUCGCACUUUCGGCCCCCACCACCACCAUCACACCAUCCUUAAGUCCUCCAGCCUGAGCCUGCCACAGGAGCCGAAGGAAGUGCGUUUUGUGAUGCGGAGCGCCAGUGCCCGAGCCCGCAGUCGCUCCCCCUCCCCCUCUCCCUGCGCUUCUCCCUGCCCCUCUCCUGUACUAGGUGCACCUCUGCUAGCGCUGCGGCCCUUUCGCCAGCGCCCCCUAGCGCUGUGGAGUAAGUAUGACGUGGGCGAGUGGCUAGAGAGCGUUGGGCUCGGUGAACACCGUGCCCGAUUCCUGGAGCACGAGAUCGAGGGUGCCCAUCUGCCUGCGUUGACUAAGGACGACCUGGCAGAGCUCGGGGUGACACGGGUUGGGCACCGCAUGAACAUUGAGCGUGCCCUCAAACAGCUGCUGGAGAGCUGAGGCCUCCUUGUGUCUGACAGUAAAUACAUACGCCACACAAUCCUCUUCACACCAAUGCACAGACAGACACAGAUGCCAGACACAACAGCUAGACACCUUCAUUUAAUGACUGCAUAACUGAACACUGUUCUCAGCACCCUCUUACAACCACUAUACUGGCUCCACAUAUCCUUUAUAUAACCUCCGCAGAAAAGGUGUAAGUUCAGGGCUUCCAGGUUAGGUUACCUGGUCCACGUUUCUUACUUAAAACAAUAGGGCUCCAUUUUCCCCAACAAAAUGCCUGCAACCCUACUGACUGAAGAGAGAGAGCACAGAAUCCAAGGGUCUCAUGCAGUUUGCAGCUGUUCCCUGCACUGCAUGCAAUGCAUGCCAGCAAUUUACUUAAGUAAUCAUUGCUUUACUUUGGAAAUUGUAAUGGAAAAGUUACAAUAGACAAUCCUGUUGCAGUGUAUUGUAAAUUAGAUUAUAUACGCUGCACAGUUCAUUGUAGUUUUGUGUGAUUAAAUUCUCAUCUUGAAGAACAGUAUAUAGAUUUGAGACAUAUCGAGUAGAAGUACCAAUGCUUCCA